CCCAGUUUUGCGCAAACAGCUGUCACCGUCCAAGCGUCACUGUGGCCAACGCUUCUUCUCUUUGUCAUCUUUUGCAUUUCGCCCAGCGCAUCCAACCCAUCAACAAAACGUUGCGAUUGCACGACCUGCACGACCUGCACCGACCCAUCCGCUUCACCUUUCCAAUUGUUGCGGAUCUGCACCUCUCCCGAGUGCCUGCUAGCUCGGCCGCGCGUCUAGCAACUUAGCUACAACCACCGCCGUAGUCCCCAAUUCCCCUGCAUCGGCAAAAUAUCUACACAGAGCAUUCGCUCCAUCAAAAUGGCGCAGAUACUUCUAGACCUCGUCUACUCCUUUGGCAAUUGCCUCAAUUGCUUCCCCGGCUCGCCGACGCUCAAAGUCAACAGCCGAAGCUUCAAGAUUCAGCGCCUGCUCGGCGAGGGCGGCUUCUCCUACGUCUACCUUGUUGAAGACACAUCGACGAGCGAGCUCUUCGCCCUCAAGAAGAUCCGAUGCCCCUUUGGCGCCGAGUCCGUCCAGCAGGCCAUGCGCGAAGUUGACGCCUACCGCCUCUUCUCGCACGUCCCCAACAUCAUUGCCGCCUUUGACCAUGCCGUUGCCACCGAACGCGGAGCCGACGAAGCCACAAAGACGGUCUACAUCCUGCUGCCGUAUUACCGCCGCGGCAACCUCCAGGACAUGAUCAACGCCAACCUCGUCAACCACGCGCAGUUCCCCGAGAAGCGCCUCAUGAUGCUCUUCCUCGGUGUCUGCAAGGCCCUCCGAUCCAUGCACAACUAUAGCGCCCCGCCGGCUGAGAGGAUGCAGAUGGGCCGCGAGGACGACAAUGAUGGCCCGAUACGAGGCGGAACCCGCGGCAAGCGCACCGAGCACGAGGAAGAAGGAGAGCAAGAGAGACCGCUCAUGGAGUCUGAGAAUCAAGUUGCCCAGGGCGGCAGAGUACAGUCUUAUGUCCACCGCGAUAUCAAGCCAGGCAACAUCAUGAUUGACGACACCGGCUCCAACCCCAUCCUCAUGGAUCUCGGUAGUGUCGCCCCAUCGCCCAUCCCAGUUACAUCACAAACGAUUGCGCUUCAGAUCCAAGACACCGCAGCCGAACACUCCACCAUGCCCUACCGUGCCCCCGAGCUCUUUGACGUGCAGACCGGCACCGUUGUCGAUACCAAGACGGAUAUCUGGUCCAUGGGAUGUACGCUGUUCGCCUGUCUUGUCGGCAAGUCUCCCUUUGAGAUGCGUUCUGACGAGACUGGUGGCACUCUUAGCAUGUGUGUCCAGGGUGGCGACUGGCGCUUCCCUGAUGAAACACCUGCUGGAGCCAAGCGUGUCAACAGCAUCCAAGUCGCAAAAGCCAAGGCUGCUGCUGGAGGUGCUGCUGGCCCUAGUGCUUCUGGUGGCAGUGAUGAAGUUACCAUUAGCGAGCCUAUCCGUAAGGUCGUCCGCCAGUGCCUCAAGGUAGAGCCUGCCGAACGUCCCGAUAUUGACGAGCUAAUUGCCAUGGUUGAAGGUGUCAUUGAAGAACUGCCAGAGACUGGAGAAUAGUCUGGUUACGUUUUGUAUCUUGUGGCUACCAAUCUUCUCCAUCCUUUGUUGACGACAUUUGUUUCACUUUCAUGGUUACAGGAGUUUAGGGGUUUUCUCUUUGUAUUUUUCACGAAGCAUAGACGUUUAUAGGGACAUAAAAAUGAAAUGUUUAUACAACACGGCUAUAGUAACAUAGCAUCACUCUGCUCUCAAUUGCAAAUACUUUCACUCCAUUUCCUCAGGUGGGCAAGUACAAUCUACUUCAUUAUCACCCUACAGGUGAAGCUUGAACGUGGCCACCUCAAAGGGACGGAGCUCAAUGUUGAACUGACCGCCGCUAACAGCAAUCUCGUCCAAGUCGUCUUCCAAAAUGUUGGACUUGGUAACCUUCUUGAUAUCAAAAGCGGUCUUGAUAGUGCCUCGGCUGUGGCCUCCAAGCGACUCGUAUACGCGAAUGAUGAUGGAUUUUCCAGGGUUGACAGCGAGGCCGUCGCGGCGGCUGACAUCCUCAUCGUCAUGACCACGCUUGAUAGUAUCCAAAAUCAAAGAUGCUGAAUCGUCGGUGUUAACAAGCUUGAUAGGAGUUUCGCAAAUGGACGCAAUGGUAGCCUUGGGAGCAGUCAACACCUUCAAUGGGCUGUUGAAAGCAUAGGCAGCCCGGACAGUACUGGCAGACAAGGCGCCCUUGUGAGGAAGAAUGCCCCAGCGGAUAGUGUGGCGACCCAUGUCAGCAUGCUCAUCAGGAGACUUGGGAGCACGGAGGAGGGACAGACGCAUUGUCUUGCCAGCAGUCGCAAAGCCGUACUUGCUAUCGUUGAGAAUAGAAACACCAUAGUUGUGCUCAGACAAGUCAGCAAAUUUGUGGCAGCAGACUUCAAACUUGGCCAUGUCCCAGCUGGUGUUGUAGUGAGUAGGACGUUUGGUGAUGCUGUAGGCAGUCUCGUAUGAGGCCUCGUUGCUAACGACAUUGACAGGGAAUUCGACCUUGAGGAACUUGGAAUCUUCGUGCCAGUCAACCUCGGCAGAGCAUUCAAUCCACGAGUUCUGGCCCUUGAGCGCAGCGGAGACAGUAAUGUACGACUUCAUGGAGCUGUUCUCACUGAUCUUGAUGUCGGUAACCAACGUUACGCGGUGAGGCUUCUGCUCAUGGACGCUAGUGGAACCAUACUUAAGAUCCCUCUUGGUUUCGAGGUGGUAGACUUCGACAUCCCAAGCCUCCCAGUAGAGAGGAAUAUCGUCGAACAUAACGAAUUUGUUAGCCUUGCCACCCUUUUCAAUAACCUCGCGGUUGUUGAUCUGGUCAAAGAUCGAUACGAUGCAGCCGUCCUCAACAACAACUUGGUAAUGCUCAUUCUCAAUGAUGAAUUGACCGUCGCGUUCCUCCAAGGUGACUGCCGGAGUAGCAUCUUCAGUCUUGAACGUGCGAACCGAGAGGAACUGGCCAUCACCACAAGCAACGCCGGCUUGACCACCAGCGAUUUCGACAAGCUCUUUGCGGUGCCAGGGGAGCGUGUUGACAGCAACAGACUCGGAGAGCUGCGAAGGGCGAAUGUCAGAAGCGUGAGAGAGCUCGUAGAGCUCCUUCAGAAGUCUAUGACCAGUCUUGAAAGCCUCGGCAUAUAGCUUAUCAGAGUCAUCGUAGCACAUCUCAAUGGAGCUUCCAGGCAAGCAGUCAUGGAACUGGCACAGGAGGACAGUUUCCCACAUGUUAUCAAUAUCCUCGGUAGGAUACUUGUAGUUUUUGUGCUUGAUAGAAGCAAAAGUAGCCAACUGUUCAAUAUCACGGAGCAUAAACUCAGCCUUGCGGUUGUAGUACUUGUUAUUGGCUUGGGUGGUGUAUGUGCCGCGGUGAAGCUCAAAGUAGAGCUCACCGUACCACGUAGGGAAAUCAUUUGCCUUGGGAGCCAGGCGAUCAAAGAAGUCAUCGACAGUAAGACCAAGCUUGAGCUUGGGGAUACCACCAAUGGUGUUGCUGAUGCCAGCACAUCUUCUCAGCUUUUCAAAGUGUUCCCAAGUGGGACCACCACCACCAUCACCUUUGCCAAACACAAGGAGCGAACUGCUGUCAGUGCGAAGAGUCUUGUGCUGGGAGAUGCUGCGUCGGAGAUCACCAAAAUUGGCUUCGGCGGUGUAGGUCUCUGAUGGAGGCAUGUGGCAGAUUACUUGACUACCAUCUGGACUCACCCACAUAAAUGUUGUGUGGGGAAAGUUGUUGAUGUUGUUCCAGCUGAGUUUCUGCGUCAUGAAACGAUCCAUGCCUGCCAAGCGACAGAGCUGAGGCAGCUGGCUAGAGUAACCGAAUGUAUCAGGCAGCCAGAAGGUUCGGCAACGGAAGCCAAACUCGGUUUCAAAGAAUCGUUGACCGUAAAAGAAUUGACGAACCAAGGAUUCACCACUAGGCAUGUUUGUGUCGUGCUCGACCCAGCUACCACCGAUAGGGUGGAACUGGCCUUCACGAACCUUGCCCUUGACACGUUCAUAUGCCUUGGGGUAGAGUGUCUUGAGCCACUUGAAUUGCUGAGCUUGGGAACAAGCAAAGUGAGCCUCAGGGUAGCGAUCCAUUAGAUCACACUGGCUGGACCACGAACGUGCAACCUUGCGUUUGGUUUCAUCAAAUGGCCAGAGCCAGCAGCUAUCAAUGUGGCAGUGCCCAAUACCAAAAACGAUGGGAUCACUGCCUACUUCGUAGACACGGUGAGAGUCGACAUCCGGACCAACGAUUUCCUGAGCAAUUUCACGGCACUUGAGAAUGGAUUCCUGGUUAUCGACCUUGAAGUUGUCAAUGAUUCGCAUAGCAACAGCAAGAGCCUUGUUUUGUUCGGCAGAAUCCUCUGGAAGCUCACGAGCAGCAUCUCCAAUCUCCCAGAUAUCAAAAAGAAGCCCGCGAGCCUGUACAUUGACGGCGGCGAUAGAGGCGCGGCUCAGACUAAAGUAUCGGUUGGGGUCAGGGGGGUGGUUUGCGUUGGUGCCAUCGGGAGCAUUGCCAAACAUGCCGUUGCAGGCCAUUUCGACGUAGAUCAUGUGCUGUUUGCCAUCACGCAUGGUCUUUGGGAUAAUCCACUCGAUGCGCUCGCCGCCACCUGUCAAACCCUGGAGAGGCAUACCGUCCUCAGCCCACACGAGGCCCUCGUUGUUCGCAUCCCACUCGAGGAUAACAAGCUCCUCGUCAGCAAGCUCCUUGGGUACAGUCAACAGGACACGGAACCAGUGAGUGGACCAGGAAGGACCGAAAGAAGCGCCAAGGUGGGUUUCCUUGAAAGAAUGUGAGGUGGCUUCCUCAAAGCUGGGUCGGUCCUGUCCAGGAGCGCUCCAAACUGAGAGCUUAAUAUGAGGCUCACCGGAG